AUGGCUAACCAUGAAGAGGCAAAGUCUCACCCUAAGCUCAAUGAACGAAUACUUUCUUCGAUGUCGAGGAGAACUGUUGCUGCUCACCCUUGGCAUGAUGUAGAGAUAGCAGUUUUCAAUUGUGUGAUUGAAAUUGGCAAAGGCGGUAAGGUUAAGUAUGAGCUGGACAAGAAAAGUGGACUUAUAAAGGUUGAUCGUGUUCUUUACUCAUCAGUUGUCUACCCACACAACUACGGUUUCAUCCCACGAACCCUUUGUGAAGACAGUGAUCCUAUGGAUGUUCUGGUUCUGAUGCAGGAACUUGUGCUACCUGGUACCUUCCUCCGUGCUCGUGCUAUUGGACUAAUGCCCAUGAUUGACCAGGAUCUUCCUGGGAGCAAUGUUUUGUACGGGUAUCGAAUAGAUGGAUCUCAAGACUGGGGUAAGGGGCAUCGGUUUGACAGAAGCAUUGUGCUUGUUGAUCCUUAUGCAAAACUAGUUGAAGGUCAUAGAUAUUUUGGGGAUAUUAGCAAGAAGUUGUCUAAGUUUCUGGGCACAUAUGAGUUUGACAGCUUGCCUUUUGACUGGGGAGAGAAUUAUAGGCUUCCAAAUAUUGCCGAGAAAGAUCUUGUUAUAUAUGAGAUGAAUGUCUGUGCAUUUAUAAUGGAUGAAUCUAGUGGAUUGGAUAACAACAUUCUUGGAAGCUAUCUUGGUGUGAUUGAGAAGAUCCCACAUCUUCUAGAGCUUGGUAUCAAUGCAGUGGAGAUGCUGCCUAUCUUUGAGUUUGAUGAGUUGGAAUUGCAAAGGCGUCUGAAUCCUAGAGAUCACAUGGCUAUUCAAUCUGAAUUUAAUGACUGUAGUUCCCUUUGUUCCCAUGCAACAACCUCUUGCAAAACGGUGCAUCUUGUCUUUUUGUUACUAACUUCUAAGCAAAUGAAUCACAGAUAUUGA